CUACCUACCCAUAAAUCAGAGAGGGCAGCCAAUAGGGACGCGCGUAUGCUAAUCACUUUUUGCUAAAACCCCUCCGUAUGUCCAGAAGUUAGUUAGAAUCUGAAGUGCGCGACUGGGAAAGAGCGUCUUGAAGUUCGGAGAUGUUAAACGACACUUAAAACUUCGUCCAAGAUUUUCUGUGUCUUCAGCUUCUGGAAGUUUUGUAUCGAGUGCCAUUCAAUUUCCAGUACCAGAGGAUAGAAAGAAAAACCACACUACUACUACUAGCCUCCUACUACUACUACUUCUACUACUGCUACUUCUACUACAACUAGCAUUCUAUCUUCAAGCAACCGUACUGGAAUCAUCAAGAAAUAAAGAAAAACACCGCUUUUACAUACUUCUCUGCAUUACCUAAAGCCGCUUCGCCAUGUCCUCCGGUGAUGAGUCGGAGCAGAGUCGGCGCCACUGUGUGUUGUCUUGGGAUCAGGUGCAGCGUUUGGACUCCAUCCUCGGAGAGAGCGUGCCUAUUCACGGACGCAGGAACUUCCCUACGCUCUCCGUCCAACCCCGCCAAAUCGUCCAGGUGGUCCGGGCCCGGCUGGAGCAGCAGGGUGUGACGGUCCGUGAUGUGAAGCUCAACGGCUCGGCCGCCAGCCACGUGCUGCACCAGGACAACGGUCUGGGCUACAAGGACCUGGACCUGAUCUUCGGCCUGAACCGCACCGACCACAAGACCUUCCAGCUGGUGAAGGACGUGGUGCUGGGCUGCCUGGUGGACUUCCUGCCCGAGGGCGUGUGCCGCGAGCGCAUCUCCCCCAUGGCCCUGAAGGAUGCGUACGUCCAGAAGCUGGUGAAGGUGUGCAACGACACCGACCGCUGGAGCCUCAUCUCGCUCUCCAACAACACGGGCAAGAACGUGGAGCUCAAGUUCGUGGACACCCUGCGCCGGCAGUUUGAGUUCAGCGUGGACUCGUUCCAGAUCAACCUGGACUCCCUGCUGCUGUUCGACCGCUGCUCGGAGACGCCCAUGUCCGAGGCGUUCCACCCCACCGUGCAGGGCGAGAGCAUGUACGGCGACGUGGAGGAGGCCCUGGGCCACCUGCGCACCAAGACCAUCGCCACGCGCAGCCCCGAGGAGAUCCGCGGCGGCGGCCUGCUCAAGUACUGCCACCUGCUGGCGCGGGGCUUCCGGCCGGCCUCUGAGACGCACAUGAAGCAGAUGCAGCGCUACAUGUGCUCGCGCUUCUUCAUCGACUUCCCCGACAUCGGCGAGCAGCACCGCAAGCUGGAGGCCUACCUGCAGAACCACUUUGCGGGCAUGGAGCACAAG